ACAGCGUCUUUCUUCCUCCCUCUUGGAAAAAGGGCGACCAUAGAGGUAGGAAAAGUAAAAAGAGUCCCGCUGCGGCACGACUUCCGGCACACCGCAGAGAGUCUUCCCCUUGUUUCGUAGCUCUGUGGUGACUGCGGCCUGCGUAUAUUUUCAGAGCGGAAGCCCGGCUCGGUCGGUCGCCGAGCGCAGACCAUAGAGACGGCCGCAAGACGGCGGAAGUGACCUCACAUCCGGCCUGCGGAGAGAUAGGUUGGCGAGGGAAGGGGGGGGCGGUUGUUGUGUUUCCAAAGGGAAGGGGGCGGCGAAGGAGAAGCGAGGCAGCCGAGUAGAGAGCGGCGAGGAGCGGCUGACCCACUUCUUCGAAAGGUGCGGCUGCAGCGGAAGUGGGGCCAGGGCCUAGCGCCCUGAGGCGGCGCCGUGGACGUCGGUCUCCCUUUGCCGCCCACACCCCGCGUGAGGGAAACCUUUGGGGGGGGCAGGACGACGACGAAUCCCUCUGAGGCGAUAGAAGGAGAAGCGAGGGGGGUUGGUCGGAGAGCGGCCUAAUGGCGCCCGUUGGGGGGUUGGAGGGUGUGUGGUUUCCCCCCCCCUUCAUCCGGGUACCCGGGGCAGCGUACCUGUCUGUUAGGGGCGUGGUGCAUGAUGGGAUACGUGCCACGGCUUUCCGCGUCUGCUGUACUUCGAAUGCUUCCCCCCCUCUAGCUCUCGGGGGGCGGGGCCUGCGCGAACAAAGAGGGUAGGGGCGGGGCCUAAGCGAUGAGGGGCGGGGCUUAGCAAAGGCCUAGUUAGAGACCUGCUCCUCCAGCCUGCUGUUCCUUGUGGGUCGGGGUUGCUCUUUGCUUUGGCCAAACAUCUUGGCCAAGGAAAGGGAGGACUGAAGUGGGGUUUUUUGGGGGGGGGGGGCUUUUCGUUCAUAUAGGGACCCUAGGGGUCAUCUAGUCCAACCCUCUGCAAUGCAGGCAUCUUUUGCCCAACAUUGGGCUCGAACCAACAACCCUGAGAUUAAGCGUGUCAUGCUCUGUCUUGUUGUUUUCCUACGCAGAAAGGAAAGCAGCAGUGGUGGUCGGGAACACAAUAUAGAGGGCUGUUGUAUAUAUUUGUUUGUUUACCAUGUUUUAAGGGACACGGUUGGCGCUGUGGGUUAAACCACAGAGCCUAGGGCUUACGAUCAGAAGGUCGGUGGUUCGAAUCCCCACGACGGGGUGAGCUCCCGUUGCUCGGUCCCUGCUCCUGCCAACCUAGCAGUUCGAAAGCACGUCAAAGUGCAAGUAGAUAAAUAGGUACCGCUCCGGCGGCAAGGUAAACGGCAUUUCCGUGCGCUGCUCUGGUUCACCAGAAGCGGCUUAGUCAUGCUGGCCACAUGACCCGGAAGCUGUACACCGGCUCCCUCAGCCAAUAAAGGGAGAUAAGCGCCGCAACCCCAGAGUUAGCCAUGACUGGACUUAAUGGUCAGGGAUCCCUUUACCUUUACCAUGUUUACAUCCCUCCUUUCCAUCCAAGGAUCUCAGGUUCUCACCAUCCCCACUUUUAUCAACAAGCCUGUGCGGUAGCUCUGGCUUUCACAGGGAUUUUGAACUCCUGGGCCCUAGCCCAGCGUUUCUCAAACAUCUUGGGUCCCCAGAUGUUGUUGGACGACAACUCCCAUUGUCCCCUAGCUAGCAGGGAGUUGUCGUCCAACAACAAUUGAGAACCCUGGUUUGAGAAACACUGCAUUGGCUCCAUCAAAGUGUCUGUAUUAUUUGAAUAGAUGUAUUGACACAAAUAGGGAUACGGGUGGUGCUGUGGGUUAAACCACAGAGCCUAGGGCUUGCCGAUCAGAAGGUCGGUGGUUUGAAUCCCUGCGACGGGGUGAGCUCCCGUUGCUCGGUCCCAGCUCCUGCCAACCUAGCAGUUCAAAAGCACAAAGUACAAGUAGAUAAAUAGGUACCGCUCCGGCGGAGAGGUAAACGGUGUUUCCGUGCGCUGCUCUGGUUUGCCAGAAGCGGCUUAGUCAUGCUGGCCACAUUAUCUGGAAAAUGUACGCUGGCUCCCUCGGCCAAUAAAGCGAGAUGAGCUCCGCAACCCCAGAGUCGUUCGCGACUGGACCUAAUGGUCAGGGGUCCCUUUACCUUUACCUAUUGAAACAAAUGGGGCUCACAUAAGUGAAGCUGAUAAUUAGAUUCACGAGUGGUGGAAGGCAGCACUGCUGUCACACAGCACACACAUUUAACUUUUCAUAUGCAGGUUAUAUUGUGGGCAUAUGCAGCUGCCACCGUGUUGAAGGUGAGCAGGCCAGGGUCUAGUUAGUGCAUUUAUACCCCUUGGGUUCCAUACUGGAAGAAAGAUGGGAUAUACAUCUGCUAAGCAAAUAAAAAUGACAUUUGAUGCAGCAAGUUAUGGUGAUGAGCACAGGGUUCGGGGGAUGUGUAUUUAGUAAACUUACAUCCUGUCUUUCCUCUAAAGGCCUCAGGAUGGUGUACAUGGCUUUCCUAUUCAUUUUCCUCCUCUCAACAACACUGAGGGUAGGAGAGGUUGUGAUUGACCAAAUGCCACCCAGUGGGUUUCAUGGCCAAGUGGAGAUAUGAACCUGCAUCUUCCCACUCCUAGUCAGAUACUUUAAACACCUAUUCUCCUCCAUGAAUUUGUCUGCCUGCAGAUUUUUGCCAUGAUAAUUAAAAGGAGCCUCAGCCUGCAUACUGCAUGCAUCUGCAUCCUGGUUGCAUGGUGACAAACAGUAGAGGAGGGCUGCUGUUUUGAUGCCUUUCUUGCUGGGAUUCCUAGAAAUAUACUGCUGGCCACUGUUCCUCUGCCUCAUUUUCUCUCUGAAUUCUCUAAUCAGAUACUGAAGUAAGAUGGUAUGGGAUGGCAUAGUGUGCUUUGGUUAUUCUGCUAGGCACCAUCUCUAAAGUCUUCGUGUUUGAAGCAAAAUUAGUAAAUCAGAUGAGUUUCGCUCAGUAACAUUUAUUCUUUGUUAACUAAGAGAAAAACAAGAAUCCAGAAAGGUACAGUUAAGCAGGCAGGUAUAGGCAUCAUAUUUCUUACCUACAUAUUACCUUUAGAGAGGACAGUGGGAGGAAAGACAGGUCACAACAAUCCUUUAAUUAGUUUUUCUGAUGUUGCAGACUGUCACUGUUCCUAAUGCCCUUUUAAACAGAUUGCUAUAUCCUGGCUUUUUCAGAAAUGGGGUUUUUUUUUGGUGUGUGGGGUUUGUUUGUUUUUGGUAGAAAUAGUUUGUGUACCAUUCAGGCUUGCAAAACAGUACAUUGAUACUUGGGCCGAAGAUUCAAAAUUCAGUGGCCAUUUAUUUUUCCCUCAUUCUGUACAGAAUAUUUCACUGUUUGAAGAGGCAAAUUAGUUUAUAUAUAUAUAUAUAAAAUCUUACUCUAAUUUGAAUUUUUAUCUAGAGCCAUAUUUCCAAACUAUUUGCUUCCAAGAAACACUUUUUCCACAUUGCCUCAUCAGAUGAGGAACUCCCACAAAACUGCCAUGGAACCCCAAAGAAUUGUGGAGGAUUGUUGGUAUGAACUUCGAAACUUAAUGUACACAGGGACAGCCUCCUGCCCUAUGUUAAAUCAGGAUGCUGUUCUAUAAUACAUCCCAUAUUCCUCUGCAUUGUGCUUUGUAGAAGAUUCGGAAAUGGUAGACAAGCUUGCUUUUCAGUGAAGCUUGUUGACAAUUACUGAUCAGAAACCUCUGGUAAGUUUCUGAGGAGCCUCAAGAUUCGUCUAAGCACAGUUUGGAAGCCAGUGAUCUAGAAUUUCCAUAUACGAUGAAGACACUCUCCAGUAUGGGGAAGAGAGAGGUUGGGCAGGUGUGAGAAAAGCUAUACCUACUAAAAGUUGUGUCUUCUGCACAUUUAAAUAAGGCAUUUGAUGCAGUUUCUCUACUUAAGUCAACCAUACCUGGCCAUCAGCAGUGCCUGAGAGCCACAUGGAAGCUGAUCUGAACUCUUCUGCAGAAGACAUGGAUAAAAUUAUAAUAAACAUUAAAGAUACACUGACCUUGCCUACCCUUGCAGCUAUCUUAUCCAUGAAUCAAAUUAUAUAUCAUUGGUUUCAGUACAUAAUAUCACAGGGUAGAUGGAGAACCGGUUCUUUUAGAGCUAAGUUAUAUAACUGUUUGGUAUUUGCCCACAUACAUCAUCUCUCUCAGGUGAGGUUUGUGACGUCACAAUCUCAUUUGACAUCAGGAUCCUAUGAAUUGCAGGAUUUAGUAGGAAGAGACAUAGAGCUGCCAGAGGGAAGUCUGUACUUAAACACAGCUCCCCUUGAUUGUUGCAAAUGGAGAGAGGAACAUGAUGACAUUUCUAAGGUGACUUGCAGUCUAGUUUCUCAAGCUAAAUAAUAGAAAUGGUGUACAUUUUGAAAUCAAAAGUGGACACAGAACAAUAAUUAUUUUUUGUUUGAAUGUAAUAAUCAGAGAUGUUUUAAGCAGAGCCUGGAAUAUCUUGCAAGAUACAUUUUAAAAACUAACCUUUUAAGUGUUCUGGCCCUAUCUUCGAAUCUGUAGCAGUAGCAGAAGGUUGCAUCAAUAUAACGUGUUCUUGUUUACAUAGUCAGCAGAUAUGGUACUUAUAGUAAAGAAGACUUUUAAAUUGCAAGUGACAAUAAUUAAAUCAGCUUUGCUAUUAAUAAGUAGUCUCUGAAAUGUUUGGUCAGCUGUGAAAUAAACCCUCCAAAUACCAUGGGGCUUUAUUAUGGUGUAUAGUCCGACAAUAAAUGCUUAACUAAGUAUUGCAGAGCUAACCUUGAAACCUGACCAUGCUUCUCAAAAGAGAAAGAAAAAUAACUGGUAUUUCUCUCAGUGUUGGUACUUAAGUAACUUUGACUCCAUGCCCAUCCUCUAGCAUGAGGAUCCCUUGUACAGAGUUCUGCUCAGAAGAUGAGCCUGCUGGUGGGAGAUGAGUGGAGGGAGCACUUCUGCCAGCUCUCCCUUUAAUAUGUAGCCCCUUGUAGUCUCUAAAAAUCUGCUCUGGAUGGUUGGGACUCUGGAAGUUAGGAUUGUCAGACGGGAAGUCAGCAUCAAAAAGCCUUCAGUGUACAGAAAGAGCUGUUCCGUUAUCAGGUGGCUAAACCUCUGUUAAAUCAGGGAUGGAGAACUUGUACCCGUCAGAGAUGGUUAGAUUCCCUAUAUUAAAUAGUGGUUUAUUUUUAAAUGCAGAAUUCAUUGCUUCAACAAGUGGACUUUCCUUACUAGAUUGGCAGAACAAUAUACAAUGGGUGUUUCCAAUAAGAACUUAGUCCUCCCUGUGUUCUGAGUGGUGGUUGAAAAACAUUUCUGUCGCUUUCAGUGUGUUAAGGCUGGAAAUAAUACAAAAGAGGGAUAGACAGAGAAAAAAAAUAUAUAAGAAUCAAAACUUUCCCAGGCCUGCUUACCAGCGUUCUAGACUCCCAUUGUUCUAGGUGCGUUUUGCGACAGGGAAUUUCAUAAGUGCAAGCAGUUUCUGAGCUCUGGGCACAGUACCCACCUAAGACAGGGGCUGGCAACCUAAGGCCCAUAGGCCACAAGCGGCCAAUGGGGGUCGUUUAACUGGCCCAUGGACCCCUCCCCCCCACUCAGUCUGCUCCCGUGCGCCACACUAAACCGGCGCGGAGCAAGCAGGGACCGACUUCCGUGAUGGUGGCCGGUUUCCCAUUGGCUACAGGAAGCUCCUGCAGCCAAUGGGGAGCUGCGCACGCCUGUUCCGCGCCGGAAGGAGCGCCGGAAAUAGCGCUUGUGCUUGAACACACACACACUGGCCCACCGCGGCGUCUGCGGGACCGUGAAACAGCCCAAGCCACAAACAUUUUGCCGACCCCUGGCCUACGAUUUCAGAUUAAAAUUGCCACUGUUACUCGGAAGUAAAUGUCAACCGGUCUUGAAAGACCUACACUGGCUCCCAGUACGUUUCCGAGCACAAUUCAAAGAGUUGGUGCUGACCUUUAAAGCCCUAAACGGCCUCGGUCCUGUAUACCUGAAGGAGCGUCUCCACCUCCAUCGUUCUGCCCGGACACUGAGAUCCAGCGCCAAGGGCUUUCUUGCAGUUCCCUCCCUGCGAGAAGCCAAGUUACAGAGAACCAGGCAGAGGGCCUUCUCGGUAGUGGCGCCCGCCCUGUUGAACGCCCUCCCACCAGAUGUCAAAGAGAAAAACAGCUACCAAACUUUUAGAAGACAUCUGAAGGCAGCCUUGUUUAGGGAAGCUUUUAAUGUUUAAUAGGUUAUUGUAGUUUAGUGUUUUGUUGGAAGCCACCCAGAAUGGCUGGGGAAACCCAGCCAGAUGGGUGGGGUAUAAAUAAUAAUAAUAAAUAAUAAUAAUAAUAAUAAUAAUAAUAAUAAUAAUAAUAAUUAUCAUCAUCAUUAUUAUCAACCAAGUUAAAUGGGGCUUCCUCCCAAGUAGAAUGUGCAUGGAUAGGGGACCUGAAAACUUUAUUUUUUCUUUUUAAACCCGACAUGUUUUGCUUAGGCUUUAGUUGCCUUGUUUAAUGUACUUUUAAUGUACGAUGUGCUUUACAUUUGUAAUAUACUAGCCAGUUAGUUACGGUGGUUUAAGUGGUGUAGGUUAAAGUGUUAUCUACCUCGGACUCUCACAGUGAUGCUUAAAACCAAAACAAAUUUUGGAGUGGGAUCAUUGAAGGACUGGACGCUCAAGGUGGGUGUCUCUGCCAUCAGUUGUAUAGGCCUUUAAUAUGUGUUAACUGUGGUGCCAAAAAGAUAUAUUUAUGUGAAGGAAAGUGGGUGUAGGGUUUUUCUGCAGAGUGGAAGGAAAGGAGGACCUUUUUCUGCCUCCCCACUUCCAGCCACUCUGAAGACUGUAGAAGGGACCCUCUUAAGAAUAUUAGGGUGGCGGGCAGGGGAAGCACGGCUUUGUUUUUUGCAGUCUUCAAAUGAGGACUAGACCAUGUGAAAAAUGAUCACAAGGUUUUAGCUGCAGUUCAUUCAUUUUCAGCUUCAGCUUCUUGUUAUAAAAAGUGUGCCUGGACAUUCCAUUGUUGCACACAUAACCUAGGUUUAAGGUGCCAUUUAGCUCCUAGCUUUCAUAUCUCUGUUUCUAAUACUGCUGCUUACUAGCCAUUGAAGCCACCCCAAACAGGAAAGCCUUGCAAUGCUUUUAGAAGGUGUUCAGAGUCAGAAUUUGAUAGACUGCUAGGGUGAAGGACAUUCAGCAACUAUGAUAACCACACUGAAUAUCCCUCUUGCCUGCCUCUUAUUGAUCAAUCUAGUUACAUGAUGGUCCAGCCAAGAAGGCACACUUUGGUGUUAAAGAAGGAGUAAAGGAAUGAAGAUACUUCUGAGAUUUGUUAGGUCCACAGGUUGAGGGCUUUUGUGGUUCAAAGCCCAGGCAUCUUGCUUUGGGUGCAGAAAGUAGUGACAUUCCAGGGCACACAUUAGUGGACUGUUGGUGUGUGGUAGACUUAUGUUUAACUAUGUUAAAAAAUAUUAAAAUAUAUUUUAUAUCUUAACUUGGUAACAUAACAAGAAACAGUACCCCCCUCCCAAACUGAACAGCUUUCAAAGUUGCAUCGGUCGUAGUCAGAAGGACAAAGGGCAAUUAGGUUGCCUGCCAAGUUUUUGCAGGUAGAACCAUUCUUUAGCAAAAGAGAAUGGUGCUCCUACCAGUACUAGAUAAGAUUUAUCUCCAUCUCAACUGGAACUAAUACAUAGUGAAAGUGGUUUUACAGUGGUACCUCGGGUUACAUCCGCUUCAGGUUACACACUCCGCUAACCCAGAAAUAGUUCUUCAUGUUAAGAACUUUGCUUCAGGAUGAGAACAGAAACUGUGCUCCAGCAGCGCAGCAGCAGCAGGAGGCCCCAUUAGCUAAAGUGGUGCUUCAGGUUAAGAACAGUUUCAGGUUAAGAACAGACCUCCGGAACGAAUUAAGUACUUAACCCGAGGUACCACUGUACAGACUUUGGCCAGGUUUGUAUGGCAUGCUGCAUCAAACCAUGACUUCUCACAAGUGCGUCGUCUCUAGGAGAAGAGACUGCAGUAGUUUGCUGCUUCCUGUUCAUGAGAUCAUGGUUUAGCACUCUUGGACAAACCGCAGCUCAUCAACCAUAUGACAAACCUUGGUUAGAGCUCACGGUUAGUCAGGAAGGAGCUAAAGCAUUAGCCUCGGUUUGGGCGACAUGCUAAGCCAAAGCAUGACUUAGUGCAACAGCAGAAAGACUGGGGAGGAGCAAGCGGACAAGAGUGGCAUACCAUACACACAGUGCUUUAGGCAUACUAAAAUUAGUGUUCUAAAAAUACCCAGUGCCUUAACUUUUCCCUACAAAUUUAAAUGGCAGAAGGGGAUGUGUGCUACUGAUUUUACACAUAUUAACGUAUUUGUACUAUUUUAUUCCCCCCACCCCCCGGUAAUGCUUUGCAUUUGAGCCAACGUAACAUUUAAAGCCACUUUUAAGUACACUUAAGUGAAUCUUUUUGCCAGUCAUAUAUUCAGGGUUUUUUUCUGGCUGUUGGUUUGAGUGUUGUGCAGCGUGUGAAAACUUAACAUGGCACAGCUGUUUAGUUUUGCUUAGUAAAUAAAGGCAAAGCAUUCAACUCGGAACAUCAGAAAAUCUCAGGUUCAAACAUUUCCAGCACCCCACAGACAUUAAUGUAACACUGUUGAGAGAUCAAGUUCUACCAUGUUUUGCACCAAAUUAAAUUUCUGAAUAUACCAUAAUUCUCAAGGGAAACCCCAUAAAGAGCUGUUUCACCUCAGGGUUCCAACAUGUGAAUGAAGACAGCAAGGUACUCAUUAGAUGGAAAGGAUUUGAGACGUCUUUCAGUAUGGGAGCUGAUGACAGAUACAUUAGCUUAACAUUGUAAUCUGCAUCUACUACGAAGCAGAGACUGGCAAGGCUAAACACCACCAGUUAAAGUUGUCUGCAUCUUCUCUCCCCUCUCCCAGUCAGAAAAUAUGCCAGAUAUUGUUGCCUUGCUCCCAUUUUUCAAUUACCAGUCAGCUUCCUUGCAUGCAAAGGGUUCUUAGAUAGCAUCUUGUUCAAACCUGAUUGAAUAUUGCCUAUUGGACACACACACACACACACACAGAGAGAGAGAGAGGGAGAGGGGAGUGUGUAGAGAUGACAAAAUACAACCUUGCCAGACUCUGCAGGGAAGGCUUUGAGGAAGAUGAAGGACCCUUUGCUAUCUGUUAAUCUUCCUGCCAGAAGUGAUCGGAACUGCUCUCCACUAUUUCUCAGUCAGAUUUUCAGGGUCAAACAAGUCAGUGCUGCCUUGCAUAUUGUCUAACUUGGGCCAUAAUUGCAUUAUUUUUCACAGUCCGUGUAAAAUACAGGUUUUAAUCUUUGUGUUUGUUUCCACCCUAAAAUGGCCAAUAGGAAAAUUUUGAUACUUGCAUAGUCACAUCUAGUGUUAGAAACUUGUCCAUAGAUAUUCCAUCUCCACUGCUUGAGGAAAAUGCAGGAACAAGUCUUCCCAAACUAUGUGUCUCUCUUCCAGCAUUGCAGACACUGGAUCAUGUUUCACUGAAAUCAACAAGGGACUUUCAAGUAAGUGCAGUUAUGGAUUUGACUGAACAUCUUUAAGACCAUGGUGUGUUUUUUUCCCCUUUCAGGCUUAAGCUCAAAGGCACAACCAUGAAAGACCCAAGUCGCAGGAGUACUAGUCCAAGCAUUAUCAAUGAAGAUGUGAUCAUGAAUGGUCACUCUCAUGAAGAUGAUAAUCCAUUUGCUGAGUACAUGUGGAUGGAAAACGAAGAGGAGUUCAACAGGCAGGUGGGUUAGCAGAUAAUGUGACCCCUUCCAUAUCUGUAAAGAAGUAGUGUUUUUUUGUUUUGUUUUUUUUUGGUAUCAUAUUUUAUUAGAAAUUUCAGAAGGACUCUUGCCUCUUUUCUGCAGAUACAGCCUUUGCAAAGAAUUGUUGUUCUCUCAAUAUGUAUCUCAUUUGCCUAUAUUUUCCUCCAGUUCUUUCCUUGAUAGUCUUGUCUCUCAUUCUGAAACACAGCUUGGUACUCUGGUUGCUUAAUCUCUGCUCUCUGCUUAAAUUAGAUACUUAAAUAGAGAAGAAUGCUCAGUGCUGUAGCUAUUGGGGGAGGGGGGCUAGCCAGGUUUUUUGCACCGGGUGAAUUUUCCAGAGAAGUGCCAUUGAGGCUCCCAGCGCGCGUGUGUGUGUGUGUGUGUGUGUACAUGUACACAAGUGCACAUGGCGGGGGCAAAUGGAGUCUUUGACCCAGAUGAAAUAAAGCCUUGUUUUGCCCCUGGUUGCUAAAUAAAUACACAAGUUAGCAAGGCCUUCUGAGAUUGAAGAAUUCCUUGCCAUGUGUAAUUUUUAACUUACUAGCCAUUUCUAACCCUCUUAUUCCACUGUCAAAUAGUAUCAGUGAUUAUCUAUGUGGGGUUACCUUUGAAGGUGACCCGGAAACUACAACUAAUCCAGAAUGCGGCAGCUAGACUGAUGACUGGGAGCGGCCGCCGAGACCAUAUUACAGUGGUACCUCGCAAGACGAAUGCCUUGGAAGACGAAAAACUCGCAAGACGAAAGAGUUUUUCGUUUUUUGAGUUGCUUCGCAAGACAAAUUUCCCUAUGUGCUUGCUUCGCAAGACGAAAAACGAAAACGUCUUGCAAGUUUGUUUCCUUUUUCUUAAAACCGUUAAUACCCAGGGUGACUUCAAGGAGCAACUCAUAGCACGCGGUGUGGUAGCCUUUUUUGAGGUUUUUGAAGACUUUGGUGAUUUUGAAGACUUUGGGAAACCGUGCUUCGCAAGACGAAAAAAAUCGCAAGACGAAAAAAAUCGCAGAACGAAUUAAUUUCGUCUUGCGAGGCACCACUGUACACCGGUCUUGAAAGACCUACAUUGUCUCCCAGUACGUUUCCGAGCACAAUUCAAAGUGUUGGUGCUGACCUUUAAAGCCCUAAACGGCCUCGGUCCAGUAUACCUGAAGGAGCGUCUCCACCUCCAUUGUUCCGCCCGGACACUGAGAUCCAGCGCCGAGGGCCUUCUGGCGGUUCCCUCGCUACGAGAAGCCAAGUUACAGGGAACCAGGCAGAGGGCCUUCUCGGUAGUGGCGCCCGCCCUGUGGAACGCCCUCCCAGCAGAUGUCAAAGAGAAAAAUAACUACCAAACUUUUAGAAGACAUCUGAAGGCAGCCCUGUUUAGGGAAGCUUUUAAUGUUUAAUAGGUUAUUGUAUUUUAGUGUGCUGUUGGAAGCCGCCCAGAGUGGCUGGGGAAACCCAGCCAGAUGGGCGGGGUAUAAAUAAUAAAUUAUUAUUAUUAUUAUUAUUAUUAUUAUUAUUAGUAUUAGGUUAAAUGCUGUGCGUUGCUAUAUUACAAGAAUAAGAAGUAAAGUGAAAAGGCAAUUUCAAACAAACUUAUAUUAGUGUUAGAAAAGAAGUGAGGUGUGUUCUGAUGGCCUCUCAGACUCUUCCUCUCCUUAUUUCCCAAGCUCUUAGUAGCUGUCUUUAAAGUUAGCCUGCCUCGUUUUACAUAGGAUGUCAGCUCAUGUGGGAUGGGAACUAAGGGAAAUAAACUAUUGUGCAACUAAAUUAUUGCACAAACUUGCCACAUCAAGGCUACUUACUGGAAAAUAUGACUCUUGCUAGAACCAGCUGAAUUGUAAAACAAAACAAAAAAAACCCCUUUAUUUUCCAAGAUGAAAAUACUGUGAAGUAGUUGGUUGAGCAGUGCUGUAGCAUUUUCUAAAUGUGAUCUCUGUGAAGAAGCCUUAAGAUUGGUGGCUGUGGCAAUGGUAAAGUUUCUCUCCUAUGUCUUAAAUACAGAUCGAAGAGGAGUUGUGGGAAGAAGAAUUUAUAGAACGUUGCUUCCAAGAAAUGCUGGAAGAGGAGGAAGAACAUGAGUGGUUUAUUCCAGCCAGAGAUCUCCCGCAAACGAUGGAUCAAAUUCAGGACCAGCUCAAUGAUCUUGUUAUCAGUGACAGUUCGUCACUGGAAGAUCUGGUGGUAAGUGCCUGGUUUUAAACAUUGAGUUUAUUUGUACCAAGACUGCCUACAAUCCUUGUCAGGUAUUUAUUUCAAAGAGGAGCUAAAAAAGAAGGAAAUCAAGACACUUCAUAACAGAACCUCCUCUUCUGUCUUGUUCUCCUUCUCCCCUCUCCCUCCCGCUUAAUGUCUUUGCAGUGGAAAGAAUGGAGAGAAAUAAGGAAAGCAUGUGUUAAGAGUCUAGGAAAAAUAGUCUGGGGCUAGGUGGUUAAGAGAGGGAAUGUGUGCUUGCAGACCUCCGGAGCAGCUCUCAUUUGGCUUUUGGAUUCUGUGACAAUGUGGCUUGCAUGUCUGGUGGCUGAAGCUGGAGGUGGCCUCCGUGUCUGUCUAGCACCUGCCAUAUGAUCAAGUCCGUUGGUAGCGCGCAAAUUGUAAUAACACAUAUCCCAAAUGCUGGGAGGCUCAGUGCUAUCUUCUGAAUUUAAAAGGGCAAUACUUUGGGAUCGAUGAACGAAGCGUGCCUCCAAUUUUAGUAGACUAAAAGCAUAGAACUAGCCAAUGUAACGUAUUUUCCUUUCCUCGCACUUUCCAAGUCUGUUCCAAAAACACCUUGAGCAUAGAUAAUGACUAAAAUGAGGGAAAUUGGCUGAAUAUUGGAGUAGAUCCAAAGUUAGUUGCAUUUUGGCACCAUUGAUUUCAUUGGGACCAAAGUUCAACUACUUGUGGGCACCUAGAAAUAUCUGCCUGAGCAGUUCCAUUGAAGUCAGUUCCAUUGAAGUUUCCUUCUUGUGUGCACAUGAACCACAAUGCCUAGACUGAAAAAUUGCCUUCCCACAGAGGUAGGUCACCUGCAACAUUUGUGUGAAUUGCUGCCCUGUAUAUUUUUUCCCCUGCCUAUCAAUCUUCUCUGAGAGGCAGGUAAUUUUGACAGCCUCACCGGAGUCCUUACUUAAUAAAGCACAUUUGUGUGAGCUGGCUCACAAUUUGGGAGUUUCCUCCCUUAGUACAUACUCUGCACUCGAAUUCAGCAGAAGUUAUCAAAGCAGUUGUUUUUGGACGGAUAAACUUGCAGAAACAUGUGAAUCUUUGCUAUUUUUUUCAUUGAUAGGAACCUCGUGUUAAAAGUGCAGUGACAAAAAAUGUCAUAGUGAAGCCUCAGGUACAAUAAUAAACAAGAAUGUAGUAUUCAGGAACUCUGGUGUGUUAAAUUAAAACCAGAACUACUUAAAAGUAACCACAAAAUAACAUCUAAAUUGCCACAUUAAUGUUUUUGCUGUUGAUGGUUAAGGAUUCACUGUUAAGUUUAGAAUUGGGAACAGUGGCUAAGACAUCCAGGCUGCAUUGUUUUAAUCCAUUAUCUAAUUAGGUGAGCCUGUGAGUUAGGCUCUUUGACUUCUUUUGUGACACAGCUGUGGAUCCACAGGCAUGGUUUUUUGAUAGAAGCUAAUAGGCUUGUACCAGAUGUAUUGGGGUAUACUCUUAAGAAUGGAAUUUCCUAAAUACUCUUUAUAUAUCAUAGUGGAGGCUAAACAUCCAAGGAUCUGUAUUAAUUUGGUGACAAUUUGUUCAAAACUGUGGAAAAUCAAUAAAAAUAAUUGGUAAACAUCCAAGGAUCCUUCAAGCCCUACAUUCAACAUUCAGAUAAUUGUGUCCUUGAAAAACAGUGGGGUUUCCUCUAUGGUUUUUAACAACAGUUUCUUAAUCUUAAACAUUAAAAAUUUAAUGUUUGUGCCAGGGGCUUUAGCUCAGUAGCAUGCUUUGCAUGCAAAACAUACCACCUCAGUCUUGGUGAGUUUGGGACUUCCUCUGCAUGUGAAGACAGGGUCCGGCAGAUUGAGCGGAUGAGACUAAGAGUGGGUCUAAGAGUGGCGGUUUCUGCACGAGCUGUAGAGGGAAGUGAGGGGCAGAUGGAGCUUGACAACCUGGAAAGGAGCCCAUCCAGGAGAAGGAAAACUCGGAUGCUCAACCUCCAGCUGCCUUGCAGGAUAUUUUCGGCAGAAGAAAGGGCUAAGGAGUAAACGAGACCCAAAUCCAGAGUGGAGUCCCUAAGACAGUUGGAUGGAGCCUUGUAUGUCUCCUUCUUGCAAUUCCUGCUGCUAAGCUGCUUUCCUUUGGCCCACAUUCGUGAGGCUUGUCAUCUGGGCAUCCCAGGACCUCCAUACACACUGCCCAGGUUUGCACCGUGAAGCGGUCACUUUGGCGCUGCUAACACCCUGGUUUGACUUCAGCCCCGGAGGCACACUCCAUUGUCUCUUGAGACACAUGGAUGCCAACAAGACUCUGUAAUCUCCAGCUAAAAGGAUUAGUGCAUGAUGGCAAAGACUCCUGGCGAUGCAGGCACAUCCAAAGUCCGUUUCGGGGGCCUGAUUCAGCCUGCUGUUUGAUUUAAUCCAGCCUCUGUGGCAGUUUAUUUCCUGGGGUAAAAUCUUAAGAAAAACUUAACAACUUUGGUUGCCCCUCAUGCAUGUUCACUUCCUCAAAUAUGGCCCUCUUUGAAAAAAGUUUGGACACUACUGCUGGAGACUCACUGGCCGUCAGAGCAGACAGUACAGUGGUACCUCGGGUUAAGUACUUAAUUCGUUCCGGAGGUCUGUUCUUAACCUGAAACUGUUCUUAACCUGAAUCACCACUUUAGCUAAUGGGGCCUCCUGCUGCUGCCACGCCGCCGGAGCACGAUUUCUGUUCUCAUCCUGAAGCAAAGUUCUUAACCCAAGCUACUAUUUCUGAGUUAGCGGAGUCUGUAACCUGAAGCGUAUGUAACCCAAGGUACCACUGUACUGGGAUAUAUGAGCAACUCGUCUGACCCCCGUAUAAGGCAACUUCUUUGUUUCUAUGAUAAGACUACCUUGUUCUUUAGAACACUUUUCUAUGAUUGCAGCUUGCAGCUCUUGGCUGUUAAAAACUUUUGUUGAACCUUGUGCAAAUGCGUCAUAGACACAUUUUGCCCUAUAAACUCAAUCUAUAAUGUCUCUUUUUUCCCCCCUCCAGGUCAAGAGUAAUCUGAAUCCAAAUGCAAAGGAGUUUGUUCCUGGGGUGAAGUACUAAAUAUAUGAGUAGACUGGGCCCUCUUUUGGUGGAUGUAGCACAAUUUCCACACUGUGAAGCCAGUAUUAGAAGAUUUAAUUGUUAAAACGCUCUCUCUUCUUGUCACUGUGUUACACUUACGCAUUGCCAAAGUUUUGUUAGUCUUGCAUGCUUAAUAAAAGUGCUGAGACUGUUAUUAAGUCAACUGCUGUCAGAGGUUAAUGGAAUGGAGAAAAAAAUAAUGAAAUAACACUUACAAUUGGACCCAGGCUCUUUUUGUGAAUGAGACAGUGAGGUUGGAAGCACCAGUCAAGUUGAGAAAUGUACCAAGUUUCUGAGAAACUCUUGGAAUUCUACUUUUUAGAAGGAUUCGUGACAAAGAGUGGUCUGUUUUAGCAAAAGCAAGAGUUGGUGUCGAUAUGCACCUGAUAAUGCCUUAACAUGAAAAUGAAAGCAAGGUUUAUCUGAUUAUGCAGAUUAGCUGGAUUAUUUCAGAACUGCUACUAACUCUUCCCAUGAUGAAGCAAAAUUUCACAUCCUGCUCUUCUUUUUUGAGAAGAGCGUGGAUAAUGUAUUAUACACGAACUGCUUUUACAGACCUGUACAAAGUCCUUUAUCUUGGCUACCAGAUCUGGUGGAGGAGAAACAAAAAUGACUGGCAGAUGAGAUUGUAUUACAGCAAGUUAUCAUGUUGGAAUGUUUGUCCCACUAAUACAUUGAUAUUUAAAGUGAUGCGAGGUUGUGCGUCACAAUUUCUUCCAGAAGUCCAGAAACACGGCACUGCCUGUAUAAAAUUUUACAACCUCAAAAGAGUUGGUUUUACCUGUAAAACUUUAUAGCAUUAGUGAUUUGAGUGGUGCUUUUCCCUUGCUUUGUUUAAUCAUCCACUACACAGUAGUCUGCAGCACAUUUUUUUUUUUUUAAAUACAACUAGAACAGUUUUGGCUUCUUAAACUUCAUAUUUGGGUAGCUUAAGCUGCCAUACGUGUUCAGUGUGAAUAGUGUUUAAGUUGAAAAUAUUGUAAAAAAAUUAUAUUUUUUCAAAAAUAUUUAAAAAAAUAAAUAAUAGUAGAAACGACUUCUUGGGUUUUUUUUUAUUUCCUGAGUGUUCAUCUUAUUCAGAACUUGUGUGCAGGCCUUGAUGGAGAGAGAGGGUAACAGACUUGACAUAAGGAAAAGAUGUAAAGGCUGUGUGCUGUUAUUUGUAAAGUGAAGCAAAUUAGGGGAGACAUGGGUCUGAGUUAAUGUGGCCCUUUUUUAAGAUUACUCCUUGGCAUGUAAUUUCACUAAAUGCUGUCAACUUUAAGCCUGUUGCUGUGGAAUUAGCUUUCUUUACUUCCUAGGUACUGACAGUAACUGUAGUCUUGCACCUGGUUACAUGCAAAUCAAAGCUAUGUUAAGUCUUUGGCACGUACAUUACCAGAUGCAGGAUAACAGUGAUUUUUAACUGUCAGAGAUAAAUUGUAGAGAGUGCUACUUACGCC